AUGGGAUGGAACGACAAAAGUGCGCGUACCUACUUGGUUGAAAUAAUCAAUGCAAACCCAGGCGAUGAUAUGAAUAAGUGGGAUUUGAUCGCGGCCAAAAUGAAUACUAUCCUGUAUGAAAACGACGAAAAUGCAACGAGGUAUUUUUUCUACGACGGUCAGCAAUGUCUUUCGCGAUUCACUGAGAAUUACGUCUCGCCUCGUUUGAAGAAUAAGAAAAACCAUUCUCCCAGUCUAGAGCCCUUCAUCAAAGCUGCUGUAGAGCAGUACAUGGAAAAUUUCAAUGAGCAAUUACGUCAAAUGACGUCGGGCAGUUCUACAGGUCAAAGAGAAACUGCCAAUCGAGAUGAUGUGGAUAACGAUACUGCAGUUAAAUGA